AUUCAUACGUUUUGCGACUUGCGACCACGCACAUAAUAAACACUAUUUGCUUUACUUCUUGAGCGCAGUAGCUCGGCGUUAGCGCGGUUCGGCCGAGCCCAGAACUUUGUAACUAGUGGCCGUCCGCGCAAAGGGUGUUCAUUCUUUCUCAUGCCUGUGGCAGCAGCACCUGCUGCUCCCCAUCCGCCCUCAGCAGCGCCACCGACGCUGUCGUCGCUGCUGCCCGACCUGCAGCAGCUGCUGGCGGGCCGGCACUGGUCGCAGGCAGUGCUGGCGGCAAGACAACACCUGGCAGUAGCAGCAGCGGCAGCAAUAGCAGCGCGUGAUGAAGGGGAGGCGCGGGAAGGGGAGGUGCGGGAAUGUGACGCAACAGAGGCGGCAGCAGCGCCGGUGCGGGCAGGAGGGGGCCCGGAGAUGUUGUGGCCGGCUGCAGGGUUGGCAGCAGCGGCCGCAACGCGGGCUAUGACGAACAGCAGCAGGCGCAGCCAUGAUGCGGGCAGGGCGGAUAGCCUAGUUGCGGCCGAGGAGGCGGCGGCGUGGCGGGGUCUGGCGGUGGCGCUGGUGCGCGGUUUGGAGUUGCCAGAAGCCGCCUACACAGCCUGCUGCCGCGGGCUGCACGCCCUGGCGGCCCUGCAGCGGCGGCGGCAGCAGCCAGCAGCAGCAGCAGCAGCAGCAGCAGUAGCAGAGAUGGCGGGCUGGGAGCGGGAGCUGCUGACUGUGAGGCUGGAGUGCCUGUCUGCGGUGGCGAGGGGCGACAGCCACGCCGUGCGGGCUCGGCUCCAGCGCAGCGGCCUGCUGCUGCAGCUGCCCUCAAUUCAAGCCGCCGCUGCGGCCGCAGCGGCCGCGACCCUGAUGCCUGAGCGGCCGGCAUCAGCAGCGCGCGCCACAUCAAUACACAGGGGGCAGGGGCAGGGGCAGGGGCAGGGGCAGGGGCAGGGGCAGGGGCAGGGGCAGGGGCAGGGGCAGGGGCAGGGGCAGGGGCAGGGGCAGGGGCAGGGGCAAGAGGAGGCGGAGGAAGUGGCGGCGGGCGCAAGCCCAGCCGCCCGUGCACUGCCACACCCGCGCGUCUUUGUGCUGUCAGACCUGCACGCGGACGCUGCUAUCGGUGGUGGCGGCGGUGGCGGUGGCGGCGAGCCGGCGGCGGCCCGCCGGACGACCUACAUGGACCUGCUGCGGCGCGUGUCCCUGAGGCACUUCCAGCACGACGUGUUGCUGGUGGCGGGUGACGUGGCGGACACGCUGCCGGCCACCCGCGAGGCGCUGCGGCUGCUCAAGCAGCGCUUCGGACGCGUGUUCUUCACACCCGGGAACCAUGACUUAUGGCUACGACCCGGAUUGGAGGACAGCUGUGCUGGCGCCGGCGGCGCUGGUAAUGACAGCACCAGCGGCAGCGGCCUGGCAGAUUCAUAUGCCAAGCUGUGGGCGCUGUGGGAUGCGUGUGACGAGCUGGGGGUGGAGGUGGUGCCGGCGGAGGUGGCGCCAGGGGUGCUGGUGGCUCCGCUCCUGUCUUGGUACCGCCACACCUUUGAUACGGCAGACCCGGUGCCGGGCCGCCUGCGUUUCGACAGCUGGUGCCGCUGGCCCGUGGCGGAGGCCGAUGUGUGGCAGGUGAUGCUGCGGCUGAAUGACGUCGCCCUGGCCGCCAUCCGCACCUGGCGGGCGGCGAGGCGGGGCAGCACCACCCCGGCGCCGCCGAAUCCGCUGCCAGCCGCCAAUGAUGCUACCACACCGGCGCCGCACGGCAUCACUGCGCCUGCUGCAUCAGCACCCCUGCCGGCAGCUGCUGCUCCAGCUCCUGCCGACGCGAUGCCUCCCCAUCGCAGCAGCCACGGCACGAUUGCUGAUGAGGGCUGCGGCAGCAGCAGCAGCACAAGCAUCAGCAGCACGGGUAACGACCCAGCGUUGCCUCCACUGGUCAUCACCCUGACACACUUCCUGCCGCAUCCCGACUUGCCCUUCCCCCGCCUGCCACGUGAGCUGGCCAAGGCCGUGGGCUGCGCCGAGCUGCAGCACGUGCUGGCCAUGGCUGGCUCGUCCGUACACGUGUACGGCCACUCCCACGUCGCAGCCGACACGUGGCUUUCCACGGCAUCGGCAGCUGCAGGUGCUGCUGCUGCUGCUGAUGGCGCUGUGGCUGCGGGGAGAAAGGGCGGUGGAGGCGCGGCCGCAGCAGGCGGUGUCGGGAGCAGUAGUGGGGGCGCUGCCGGCGGCGGAGGCGGCGAGGCUGUGGUUGCUGGCGAGAGCCGGGCCGCAGGCGGCAUGGGGAAGCGGCACGGGGAGGCAGGCGAUGUGGGUCGCGACCGGACGGCGAGCCGGCGCUAUGUGCACUGGCCGUUGCAUGGGCAGAGACGGGCGGUGCUGCGGUGCGUCUGGGACCCGGUCCGGGGCCUGUGCUCCUAUGGUGUGGAUGGCGAGGAUGGCAGCGAGCUGUCUUGAGCUUACGCUCAUGUGGCUCUGAAGUUACAGGCCAGGGGAAUAUUAAGGAGGCGAGGUUCAACAGUGUAGGGCCGGUUUAAGAAAGAAA